AGCGAAGCCCCGCCCCCAGCCAGAGUCUCAGCGACUCCACGUUGAGGGACAACUUGUAGUUCAUCAGUCCCGACGGACGACACUCUGUCGCCUAUCUGUCUGCCUGCCGGAGGAACUUCCACGCAGACUUCACAGCAGACUUGUACCCUGCGCCAUGACGUUCCGGAGGCUGAAGAUGGUCCACUCUAACGGGCCGGCUUCCCCGGACACAGACGUCCACUUGCCGCCGUCUCAGUCGGACAGCUGCAGGACGAGCGACUCCUCGGAGGUUUACAACUACAAGACGCUAGCUUACUCAGGAGGAACGCUGCCCAGAAACUACAAAAAGGCCGGCGGCUCGCAGAAAUGGAAGCCACAAACACGAACAACAGAACCACAAAGGAAGCUGGUGGUGCUUGAGAAGAUGGACGAGCAGACGUUUGGUUUUGAGAUCCAGACGUACGGCCUGCACCAUCAGGACCAGAACACGGUGGAGAUGUGCACGUUUGUGUGCAAAGUGCACGAGGACAGCCCGGCGCAGCUGGCAGGCCUUCAAGUUGGGGAGACCAUCGCUAGCGUCAACAACACCCCCGUGGAAGGAUCUCUACACAAAGACAUCGUUCAACUCAUCAAAGCCUGUGGAAACACACUCAGGCUGGAGACGAUUUAUAGCGACUCCAUCCGGAAAGCUGAGCUGGAGGCGCGACUGCAGUAUCUGAAGCAAACCCUCCACGAGAAGUGGGAUGAGUAUCGCUCGCUGAUGGUGCAGGAGCAGAGGCUCGUUCACGGCAUCGUGAUGUGUGACGGCGCCGUGUACGAGUCCCUGGAGUCGGCGGGCAUGUACGGCAGCCUGGGCGCCCCCAGCCCCGCCUCUCGCCGCUCGCCGCCCUGCACCGGCAGCACCAGCAGCAGCGCCAGCGUCCUCAGCACGGCCACCGAUGACGACCCGCUCUACCAGACGUGCUUGUACCACGCGGCGGGCGACUCGGACAACACGCGCAAGCAGCCGCCGCCUGCGAGGAAGCAGCGCGUGCGGCCCGCCAGCGAGCUCUUCACGUCGGCCAGGACGCAGCUGACCCGCAGCGCCAGCACUCGCAGUUACGUGCGCGGGCCCUCGCCGACGCCGCCCGCCGACCCCGGCAACAAGUCGUCGGGCUUCGCCGCGUUGCAGAGAAAACACCGAAACUUCCGGAGGCGCUUCCUCAAGUUCAUCCCGGGCUUGAACAGGCCGCUAGAGGAGGAGGAGAGCAAAUUGUGACACCAUUUCCUGUCGAGACUGUCAAAGUAAAAUCCCAAAGAAGCGACCAAAGGCUGCUUUUUGUUGCCAGCUGUACAGAACUUUACUUCCCCGUUUUUGUGGUUUUAAGUUAUUUAUUUAUUUCAAUGCAGGAUUGUUUUUGUUUUUUUUGUGACGUUGUUACUGCAUGCAGGAAGUUUUAUUGUGACUUUGUUGUACAAGUUGUCUUCGUCGGAAGUGUGGCGUUGGCUUUAUACCAAUCACUUUCUAUUUUUCUCUGCCAAAGAUCCUGUUAAAAAACAUUAAAAAGCAACAGUUCCCCAUAUUUACCCCUUUGUUUGUUUUUUGUGUGUUUCAUACUUUUUAUGGCUACACAAAAGCAAUUUUUGGUCUACCGGUAGUUUUAAAAGAUUUUCAUGAAAUCUAAGGUGGUAAAUAUCUUAAGAAUCUAAAAAAAAAAAAGACUUUUGGUUUGGAAUAUUUGAGUUUACAUCACGUAAGUUCUUUGAAAGUAUAUUUUGGAGGCUGGUAAAAUCAGAAUAUUAAAAAUAGCUUACGUUUUCAGUCAAGCGGACGGU